AUGUUCACACUUCGCCCGCUCUCGGGCAGUGCUGGCAACGUUCUGACAGUAAUCUGCGGGAGCUCCACAAACCAGGUUGGCAGCCUUGGCGAUCUGCUGUACGCCAAGAGCGACCUGGACGGCGCGGAGGCGCUGUAUCGCGAGGCGCUGGCGGCGUGCCGAGAGACGCUCGGCGACCGGCACCCGGAGACGCUCACCUCGAUCUACAACCUCGGCUUGCUGCUGGAAAAGCAGGGUAGGCUCGGCGACGCUAUCCCUCUAUUCUGGGAGGAGCUGGAGGGAUGCGAUGCGCGGUACGGCAAGAGGCAUAAAGAGACGAGGAGCUCGGCCCGCAACCUUGUCAAGGUGCUGAAGAAGGCUGGGCGACAGCGCGAGGCUGACGAGAUCGCUGCCACGUAUGGCGUCUGA